GGUAUUUGCACCAAUCCGUGCCGGUGGAAGGGAACGCCCAUUUCUGUCAGCUCCGGUCUGAGAACAACAGAAGGGACCACUUCCUCCGCCAGACUGCCGCCUGAGAGACCGUCAGCGUGCCAAGGUUCUCUCUUCAAGUGUGUCUGGAAAUAUUCGUCAGUAGUUCUUCCUCCAAGUGCCAGCAGACCUUAGACUGAGAAGAUGGACCCAGCGUACGAGGGAGCCGGCCAGGCCGCAGGCAUGGAGAUAUGGCGUAUCGAGAAAUUUGAGGUUGUGAAACGUGAUCCGGCUACACACGGACAGUUUCACGAGGGAGACUCCUACAUCGUUCUGAAGACCUCUGAAGCCCCUGGUGGAGGCGAACUGUCGUGGGAUAUCCACUUCUGGCUGGGGAAGGAUACAUCACAGGAUGAAGCUGGUACAGCCGCCAUCAAGACUGUAGAACUUGACGAUGUGCUGGGAGGCGUCCCCGUGCAGUACAGAGAGGUGCAAGACCAUGAGUCCAAAAAGUUCCUGUCAUACUUCAAGAAAGGCAUUAAGUACCUGCCAGGUGGCGUGGCGACGGGUUUCCGCCAUGUUGAGGAGGAAGAGUACGAAACUCGUCUGCUACAGGUCAAGGGUAAGAGGAACGUCAAGGUCAGACAGGUUGGGUUGGAGAAGGCCUCCCUGAACCUCGGAGACGUCUUCAUCCUAGACGCCGGAUUAGAGCUCUACUGUUGGAACGGGUCACAGAGCAACAUGUUCGAAAGGCUCAAGGGUAUGCAGGUAGCAAAGAAGAUCAGAGAUGAAGAAAGAAGCGGCAAAGCUAAGGUCAUCAUUGUUGAUGGAGAUCACUGCCAGAGUGACAGACAUUUCUUCGAGAAGCUUGGCGCUGAGCCGGGAGACGUCCCUGAGGAGGCCGCCGUGCCGUCUGAAGUCGACGCCGCGCACGAGAGGAAGGCCGACCACGAAGUCAAACUGUACAAAGUGUCUGAUGCCAGUGGAGACUUGGAGAUCACGGAGGUAGCUGGCAAACCUUUGAAGAAGGAUCACCUGGAUACUAAUGAUUGUUUCAUUCUUGAUGGUGGACCAAGUGGCAUCUUUGUCUGGACCGGCAUCCACUGCAGCUCAGAUGAAAAGAAAACUGCCAUGAAGAAGGCUGUGGGCUUCUUGAGCCAGAAGGGCUAUCCGAACUGGACCCAAGUGACCCGAGUGGUUGAGAACGGAGAAACUCCACUGUUUAAGCAGUAUUUCUCCGAGUGGCCGGAGAGGUACGCACAGGUCGGGCUGGGGAAUGUGUACACUGUCGGAACCAUUGCAAAGAUCGAUCCUAACGAACCCUUUGAUGCCACUACCCUCCACGCCAUCGCUGAGAAGGAAGCCGCCAAAAUGCCUGAUGACGCAUCCGGUGACGUCAAGAUCUGGCGGGUUGAGGACAUGGACAAGGUGGAAAUCGAUGAAGCCCAGCACGGCAUCUUCUUUGGUGGAGAUAGUUACGUCAUCCAGUACGACAACCCGGGCGCAAACGUCAAGAUUGUGUACUUCUGGCAGGGGUUGCGCAGCAGCACAGAUGAGAAGGGAGCCUCCGCCCUGCUCGCCAAGCAGAUCGAUGAUGAAGAAUUCGGGGGAAGCGCGACGCAGAUCCGUGUGGUGCAAGGCAAGGAACCCGAGCACUUCCUUCGUAUCUUCAAGGGAAAGAUGAUCACAUUCUCGGGUGGGAAAGGCAGCGGCUUUAAGAACCUCCGUGAGCACGACUCGUACGACGCUGACGGCACGCGCCUGUUCCAGGUGAAGGGAACAUCGGAGGUCAACACCAGGGCAGUACAGGUUGCAGAGGAAGCAGCCGCACUGAACUCAAGCGACGUCUUCGUUCUUGAGACACCUGGGAACACAUAUCUGUGGUUUGGAAAGUAUUCGAUCGACUUGGAACAGGAUUUCUGCCGAGCGGUUUCAGGGUUUGUUUCCCCAGACAGCGAGCCGGUAGAAGUGGCUGAGGGUAGCGAGCCUGAUGAAUUCUGGGAAGCCCUCGGCGGGAAGGGAGAGUACGGGUCGGACCGUAUGCUGGCAGGUGUUAUUUCCAAACCAGCAAGGCUCUUCCAGUGUUCCAAUGCUACUGGACGCUUCCUUGUUGAAGAGAUUGUCGACUUUGCUCAAGAUGACCUAGCUCCAGAUGACGUCAUGCUGCUUGAUGCGUUUGAUACGAUCUUCCUGUGGAUUGGUAGUGGAGCAAACGACACUGAAAAGGAAAGGACACUGCAGACGGCUGGGGAAUACGUGGAAACUGACCCCACCGGCCGUACUCCUGAUGAUGUCGUCAUCAUCCAAGUGAAGCAGGGAUCGGAGCCGCCCAACUUCACUGCGCAUUUCCUCGGCUUCGACCCGGGCAUGUGGGAGGCCACAAAUUUCGAUGCUAUGAGAGCUGAGAUUGAGGGUAGCAACCCAGAGGAGUAGGCCAGGAGACAAUUUUUUGCUUCAAGGAACUUAUGGGUGCUGACGUAGAUGCUUUGUUGGUUACGCCGAAGUCGGAUGUGCAUACGAGUAUUUUUUGUUGCAUGCAAUGCUUCAUAGUUGAAAGCAUAUCGCCACGUGUAUCAUUCCUUAUAAAGUUACUUGUAUACUCCAAAAUAUGCCGUUGUAGCUAUAGAGACCCCAAAAUGCUAUAAUCAUGGUCACGUAAGCACCUAUGUGAGACUUCUAGGGAGCACUUAUUGAUAUGAUAUAUAUAUAUUUCUUCUUACUCGUUGUUAUCAGCCAAAUGACAAGACAAUAAGUCAUUUCACAGUUCUUAGUGGGCAUGUGCAGCCGUAAUGCAUUAUGGUAUGUCGUCACAUAUAUACCCCUGGCUUGUAUAAACUAUUCUUAGUGUACAAGUCAAGGGUCGUGCACUUUGACCUUUAUAUAUCACGACUGCACAAUUAUGCACACUUGUAACUGUAAAAUGGCUUGCUAGGUCAAAUUAUGGAUACACCUACAUGUAGUUCUCGUGAAGAAAUAUAUUUGGAUUUUAAGUUUGCCGGGAAGAUAUAGCUUCUGGAGACAAGGCAAAGUCCUGAUGAGUAGUAAUAUAUAGGUGACCAGAUGCAGCAAGUAUACUUUGAUGAGACCGCAAUGACAUGGGAACGUCUACUGGUUAUUUUUACAGUAUAAUGUACGCAAAGGUGCCACGGAGUAAAAAAAAAUAUUAGAGCA